AUGUAUAAAUAUGUCCAAAAUUCUCCUGUUGUACUGGAACCCGUUUUCAAAAAUAUACACAAAUUAGAAGAUUCAGUUGAAUCAGAGCCAAAAAGAUUUAAGCUGCAACCACAACAACCAACCACAAUGUCAUCUCAACAACAAUUUAAUCAAAGUCAUAUGUCAUCUCAACAACAAUUUAAUCAAAGUCAUAUGUCAAACUCAUCAACCGGUAGCUCUACAACAAUGUACCACGACACAACAAAAGGAACAUUUACACCAUUGACUACAACAAACUCAUACGAUGGCUUGUAUCAUAAAAUGACCGCCGUAUCGAUGAUUGAUGAACAACACUUUACCAAAGACCAACAACAACUGCGACAACUGAGUCAAAUUGAAUCAAAACAACAACUGAUUACAAUUACUAGUAGUAAUUUCGAUUGCCCUUGUGGUCAUUUACAUGGACCAGGACAAGGUCACCAUGAAGAUAUUGGUGCUGUUGGAUUUGCUGAUUUUCCUUUACUUAGAGGUCCAGAUUAG